AUAUUUUUUCCAAAAAUUAUUUUAUUACAUUGUGUUAUACAUUGAUGGAAAGCACCUUGCAGUUUAUUUCGAUUUCACAUCUUUUUUUACUUUCUUGUAGUUUUUUCUGGAGAUCUUCUAUUUUUUUUUGUGAUUUAUUUGAUAAUACUCCGUUUUGUCAUAGACUUUUUCAUGUACUUGGCGUAAUUUUUUUUACUUUUUUGAAGUUUUUUUAUGGGGAUAUCUUUAUUGUGGACAAGCUUUCUAUAAUAUAAUGCAUCUAAGAUCCGUCUACGACAAAUGGUUACCGACUGACGUUAAUAUCAUCCGACUUCAAUAAAAGAAUUACGGUAGCGCUCCGCCUGUAUCAAAAAUGAAAAAUGUGUAAUUAAUGUGGGUGAUUCGUUAUAUUAGCUAUUGGCAGUCAUUCAAUGAUUUUACGCACCGAUAAGUUACAUGCUAACAGGCAAUAUUGCUUUGUAUUUAUAAGAAGAUGUCACAUGAUUUAAAUGUACAAGUAUCUGUCAAAUUCAUAUGAAAUGGCACGUUUGUGUAAUUUGCGACUUUAUUUAAGUAUAAAAAGUGCUAAAAAUUCAGAGACUUUGUUAAGAAACAUAUAUAUUAGAAAAAUUAGUGAAACCAAAAAUAUUCUCCAUCAAAGUAGUAAAGGUUAUAUGCAACUUUGUUGGAGAUUAGAAAAACAUAUUUAUCCAUUAUAUGAAUUGGAUAUUUUUCCUUCAAAACAAAUUCGCUCUUUAUUUACGAAAACAAAAGUAGCAUAUAAUAAAUAUGAUAUUAACUAUGGAGGAAAAUAUUACAAAAAUUUGGGACUUAUACUAAGUUGUUUUGGAUUAAUUAUAGCUCUUUGCGAAGCACCAAAUCUUAAACAGGAAAAACAGUUCUUUCGAGCUGUACAACACGGCAAUAUUGCUGAAUUAGAAAAGAUUCUAAAAGAUGGUGUUAAUGUAAAUACACGUCAUACAUUAGGUUGGACAGCAUUACAUGUUGCUGCUAUUAAUGAAAGAGUAGAAGUAAUCAAACUAUUAAUAAAAAAAGGUGCAGAUGUUAAUGCAGGAGAUGAAUUUGUCAAUGUUUAUAAAACCGCUGCAGAAAGAAGGAUAAAUUCUUUAGAUGUACUCAUAAUAAGGGAGGAAGAAUUUUCUGACCGUUUGAAUAGUAGAGCUAGCUUCAAAGGUUUCACGCCAUUGCACUAUGCUGUACUAGCAGAUUCAAAAGCCUGUAUAAAAGCAUUAUUAGAUGGAGGAGCAAAUCCAACAAUAGAAAAUGAGUCUGGUCAUCGUGCAGUAGAAUAUGCUAGAGACAAAGAACUAAAAGAAAUGCUUACAAAUCAUGCUCUGAAAUAUGAUGAAAUAAUGAAGGAAAAAGAAAUAGAAGAACGUCGUAGAUUUCCAAUAGAACAACGCUUAAAACAACAUAUUGUUGGACAAGAAGGAGCAAUAUCAAUUGUUGCAUCCACAAUCAGAAGAAAAGAGAAUGGUUGGAUAGAUGAAGAACAUCCAUUGGUAUUUCUCUUCUUAGGUUCGUCGGGAAUUGGAAAAACGGAAUUAGCUAAGCAAUUAGCUGCAUAUAUUCAUAAAAAUAAGAAAGAUGGAUUUAUUCGAUUGGAUAUGUCAGAGUAUCAGGAAAAACAUGAAGUUGCUAAACUAAUUGGAGCACCACCAGGAUAUGUGGGGCACGAUGAUGGUGGUCAAUUAACGAAACUUUUGAAGAAGUGUCCUAAUGCUGUUGUAUUAUUCGAUGAGGUUGACAAAGCUCAUCCUGAUGUAUUAACAGUUCUAUUACAACUUUUUGAUGAAGGAAGGCUAACAGAUGGCAAAGGAAAAACUAUUGAAUGUAAAAAUGCAACCUUUAUAAUGACAUCAAAUUUAGCAAGCGAAGUAAUUGCUAAACAUGCAAUACAACUUAGAGAAGAAGCCGUACGUCUUUUAAAUCUCAGACUUGAUAAAAAUUCUGAUGAGGAUCAGGCCCCAGAACACAUUGAAAUAUCCCGUAAAUUUAAGGAUGAAGUGGUACGACCCAUAUUGAAAACUCAUUUCCGAAGGGACGAGUUCUUAGGCAGAAUAAAUGAAAUCGUUUAUUUUCUACCAUUUUCCCGGUCCGAACUUAUAAAAUUAGUGGGCAAAGAAUUAGAUACUUGGGCAGUACGCGCAAAAGAAAGGCAUUUCAUAGAGUUGAAGUGGGAUAGGGAAGUUCUGUCAGUUUUAGCAGAUGGGUACGAUACUCAUUAUGGUGCUCGUUCUAUCAAAUAUGAAGUAGAAAGACGCGUUGUUAAUCAGUUGGCUGCUGCUUACGAACGAGGACAACUUGAAAAAGGAUGUUGUGUAUUACUCAAAGUCAAAUGGAAUGAAAACGGUGCUCGCAUAACAUUAUCUGUACGGCCUAAAGGCGUAAAGGAUUUUGUUGACAUUGCAGAAACAGAUAACAUGGUAAAAAAUGUAAAUUCUGUGUUUUAAUAUACUCAAUGAUUAUUUCGGAUGUACAUACACCACUGUUGAGCAUAGAACGUGUAUUGUAGCUUGAUCUCAUACUACAUACAAAGAGCUCAUUUUAGUACAAAGAAACAACCAUUCACAGUUCAAUAUGUUAUUCAUUGUAGAAAAGUAAGCACAUUAAAUGUGAAACUUUUUUUGUAAAAUAAAAGUACUCUUUCUAAUGAUGUAUUUUCAUCUGGCGACUCGUAACAGAAUAUGAGUUUGUAAUAUAUUUUCAUUAUUAUAUACACAAUAAAAUGUCAAAUAAUAUUAAAACAA